AUGAGCGCCAUUAAGUCAGGGUCACAAACCAGUCGAUAUAAUCGGCUCGUGACAGUCUUCGUCGCUCUUGGAUCAUUCACAUAUGGAUACUGUGCGAGUGUGAUUAGUUCAACUAUCGGACAGCCAGGAUGGUAUACAUACUUCGACCUGCCCCAGCAAGGCGAGCCAGGCUAUGGCGGUAAGACGACGCAUACAAUUGCGACUGCAAAUGGUCUCUUCAGCGCUGGCGGAGCUAUUGGCUCGUUAUUCAUCAUGUGGUUGGCUGAGCAGUUUGGGAGGAAGAGAAAUAUCCAGCUUGGAUGCUUCUUGUCUGUCCUGGGUGGUGUCUUGCAAGGAGGAGCCGCGACGCUGGCGAUGUUCCAAGCCGGCCGCUUCAUCUCCGGAACAGGCAUUGGCGUCCUCGUAACCAUAUGCCCCAUGUACCUCUCGGAGAUGUCCAGCCCCUUCAGGCGAGGUUGGCUCGUAGGCCACCACGCCAUCUUCCUCGUCUUCGGGUACAUGUUCGCUGGUUGGAUCGGCUAUGGCUGCUACUUCGCGACUACCGUCAACGCAUCCUUCGCAUGGCGCUUCCCGUUGUGCUUCCAGGUGCUCUGCCCUCUCAUCCUCUUGAUAGGGUCUCCAUGGCUUCCCAGGUCGCCUAGGUGGUUAAUCUCGAAGGGGCAUAGCGAAGAAGCGUUUAAUGUCAUCAAGAAGAUGAGGAUGUCAGCGGACGAUCCGCAUCAUCUCGUCGCGAAAGAGGAAUUUUAUCAGACGAAGGAGCAGUUGAAGCUCGAUGCUGCGAAGCUUGCGGCGACUGGGCAUACUGUUUGGGUUGCGGCAUGGAAGAAGAAGAGUUAUCGCAAGCGGAUGAUCAUCGGAUUCCUUACGCAAUGGGGUGCUGAGUUCGCAGGACCCCUGAUUAUCAACAACUACGCCGUCAUCUUGUACACAAAUCUCGGCGAAACCGGCCACAUGCCUCUCCUUCUCUCGGCCCUCUGGCUGACCACCGCUGGCUUGAUAUACAACCCGGGCGGUGCAUGGCUGCACGACAAAGUCAACUCUCGCAGAGGCAUGUACAUAUUCGGUCUCUGCGGGUGCCUGCUCACCACCUCUUUGCUUGCUGCUAUGACAGCCGAAUUUGCCGGCACCACGAACCGCGCUGGUAAUGGCAUGGGCAUUUUUUUCAUCUUUCUGUACCUGGCAUUCCAGGGCACAUGCUGCGAUACGACCAUGUAUCUCUACGUAUCCGAGAUUUUCCCCACGGAGCUGAGGCCUAUGGGUAUGGGUUUUAGCUUGUUCGGACAGUUCGCUGCGUCUUUGAUACUGCUGCAGACGGCUCCGAUAGGGUUUGACGAGGUAGGCUGGAAGUAUUACCUUGUGAUUAUCGUUUGGUGCAUUGUGUAUAUCCCGAUGGUGUACUUCUUCUGGCCCGAAACGGCGCGUCUUAGCCUUGAAGAGGUAGCGAAGAACUUCGGCGACGAAGUUGCGGUCCACAUCAACGAUGCCACGGACGAAGAAAAAAAGCAGCUUGACAAACGAUUGGAGGAGGUGGACGUCGUGAAUCGGUCGGACCGGGAAAGCCAGGACGACGCCACCGAGCGCAAACCGAGUGAUGCAGUUGAUAUGGAAUCGAAAGCUAAGGCUUGA